AUCUCAACUGCAAAUAAAUAAAUAAAAAAGGAUAGAGCAGUGAGUGAAAGAGGAUACACUCUUCAUUCCUCAGCCAUAAACAUGGCUUCACAACUUGCUAGCAAUACAAGAUGCCAAACAUUAACGCACUGCACAGCCUCCUACGGCGAAAGAGGGAGCGGCAGCCGUCGUCGUGGCGGUUGCAAACUCUCUCAUCGGUACCGUCGAAUAACGAACCACUGCGGCGACAACGACGGCAGUGGCAAUGCAAGCACCCAACAAGAACAAGAUUUGAACACGAAGAAAGGUGCAAAGCAGCAGCUAGCACAAAAGCUUCACAGGUUGGGAUUCUCGUACCUUGCAUCAUCUUUUAUUUACGUUGUCACAAAGGUUAAGGCCUUCUACAAUGGUUUUCUCGGAGAUGUUUCCAAUCAACAAAAUAUAAUAACCGCCAUGGAGGCACCACUCACCGAGCCAUAUUUCUCAUUUCCAGUUCUUCCUAACAAUUAAUGUACGGUGGCAGUUAUUUUGAUGUGAAGUCGAUAUUUAAGAAUAGUUAGAUGAUUUGAUAAAUUCGACUAAAUUAUAACAUAACAAUUUUCGACUAUC